GGAGACACCUCAAUGACGAUGGACACGGACAGCAAUCCGGAUGAGGAGGGUGCUGAGGAGAGUCGGGAUGGGCAGGACAGACCGUCUCCCAGCCACGCUCGCGAGGACGCCUCUGUGCGAGCUGUCUCUGCACCUUGCUCCCCCUCUGGCGCUCAGCCCGGCGCUGGCCCCAGCUGCAGCUCUGGCUCCGCUCGGGACUGUGCCGCUUCCCAGAAGGCGAGCGGGAGGCCCAACUCCUUGCCCCCUUCCAGCCCCAGGGCCCUUCCACACAAUGACUGGGCUUAUGAUUCUGCUGCCAGCCCGGUGGAGCACCAGCACCCAGGAAUGCAGCGAGACAAAGCCGUAGACACGAAGCCAGACGUCCCCUCUCGAACCGCAAGCCCCUGUGCUGUGAACAACGUCAAGAAAGAAGCUGGACACAAGGUGGAGGACAGCGGCCUCUCGUCUGACCAGCUGGUACCGGACUCUGCAGCGAGACUGCGGGAUGAGGUGAAGAACGGCUCUGACGGGAGAUCGCCGGCGUUUUCCGUGCCGUCUGACAACUGCACAUUUAAGAAGAUCCAAGUAUCUUACACAGCAAGUGAUGGGAGUCUUCUAAAUGGUGAUAAAGGCGAAGAAAUCUCGGUGAAGAAGGAGAAUAUGCAACAGAACCUGUUGCAGUGGACCGUGGCAGACGUGGCCAGUUACUUCUCAGCUGCAGGGUUUCCAGAACAGGCUGUGGCGUUUCGAACGCAGGAAAUCGAUGGGAAGUCCCUCCUCCUGAUGCAGCGCAGCGACGUGUUGACCGGCCUGUCCAUCCGACUCGGCCCCGCCCUCAAAAUCUACGAGCGUCAUGUCAAAGUGCUGCAGAGGACCCACUUCCUGGAAUGCGACGACGUCUGAAGCGGCAGUCGGCAAGCGACAUUGACUCUAAUCAUGCAUGUAAUCCCUCUCCCAUCUGGAUUUCACCACCCACCUUCAUAUGCAUCAUAUGUAAGAGGGUGUGUGGAGGGGGAGGGGCCGAGCUGUGGUGGAAUCCGCCUUCACUGUGAGAACGACCAGAAACUGAAAGACUGUCACCCUACCUCUCAUUGUGGUCUUUGUUUUUUUGUUUUUCAAAUGGUCUCCAUUUCACCCGUGUGGCACCGCGGUGGAGAGAAUAAACCACUGCGGGUAAAGUUCAUUUAAGCUGGGCAGCUGAUCCUGCACCAAGUGGACCAACACAGGUAGGACUGAGUCCUGCUGGGGGGGUUCCUCUCUUUAUAGUUCCGAAGCUACAAGUUAAAAAAUGGAAAAGAAGCAYGUUGGUUUUUGUUAUACAAGUUGAUUUAAACGUCAUUUAAAGGCAGACUAUCUGUGUAUUUGUGUCAGAAGGUAUUCUAAUUCCUGACUCAUCAUUCCACGAGGAGCUGCUGCUUUGGAUUAUACCUUCAGCGUCCCUCCACCACUGAUAUUAAUUAGCCUCGACGCGUUUUUACUUUGUUCUUGUGCCGUCUUUAAUUAAACGGAACGAUUGUGGUCCAACGAUGCCGUUUUGUUUCGGGGAGCAGUUUCAAAUAUGCAGCGCAAUAGAAGGUUUCUCGUUUUUACACCUAAAGCGAAACAAAGUAAUACAUGUUGUUCCUGCUGGAUUUGUGGUUCCAAAUUCAAGACUGCUGCUAAGCUUCUGUUUACAGAUACCUUUUAUGACAUGCAAUAUUUUAUGUUGUUUACACCUGGCCCGAUUUGUGUUGUGAUCGACGCCAGGCGGAUGAAAUGUGUCCGACAUUCCAUAUUAUGUAAUCUGCAUCUUCAGUGUAUUCUCUUCACUUUUUAACUGUAAUAAAAACACUUACUCUAGAGAUGAAAA